AGAUAUCCUAGUCAAACACUCUCGGGCCACCUCCAGAAUGAUACAGUCGGCGCAGCUUGUCUUCCGUAACUCAAAGAUUAGACACGCCUGUCGGACGCUGAUUCCCUGAGCGACCACGCCCGCUUUCUCCAGACGGCCGCUGAUACGUACGCCUUUGCAAUUGGCUGCACCCGACCCUGACGCAAUCUCGCCCUCGCCCUCGCUCAUCCACCGCCCGCCCACGACCAGCUGCCCACCAUGACAGCCCACGACCAGCCGCCAUUCGCCCCUCUCAACGGCCACCUGCAAUCGCCGCCCAUGACGCCCAGCCCGGAGGCCCACACCCGCUUUCCACCCCCGCCACACCCGACGUCGCCAAAGUACAAGCGCAUGGGCAACUGCGUCCAGACACCCCCCCUUGAAUUCAUUGAGCCCACCGGCUUCAACCACCACUUCAGCUUCACCCGCCCACAGUCGUGCGAGCCCUCUUCGCGCCCGUCCUCGGACUCGGAGCGGGCCUUUGCCGCGACGACGUGCGAAAGCUCCGACUCGGAGAUCGAACUGUACGACGACGACGACGACGACAACGAGACGGACGACGAAAGCGACGGCGAAGAGGAGAUUCCCCUGCGCCGGGUGGACCAUGCUCAAUUCGUGCUCGAAGAAUUGGACAGCGAUCCUGGGUACGACUGCGACGUGGAGAUACUCCGGCCAGACCACUGCGAAGACGCAAGGAGCGACAGGGGCGGAGUCAAAGCAGAGAUCUCCGCCAGAAUGAACGAACUGCAGCUCGAAGAAGACUCGUCCGAAGACGAGGAGAGGGUGCGCAAAUACCGACAGAAAAAGAAGCGGUGGAGCGCCGGAAUCUUCAAGCGCAGCCACAGCCAGAGCGUGGAGGGCGACAGCAGCUACUCCGACAACGAUCCUCUCGACGAUCUUGACCAGAACUCACGCCGACUGCGUCGCCGCGUGCGCGGGCCAAGAAGAGGGUCGCUGAUUUUUGAAGACCAGGGCGUCUCCAACACAAACAACAUUCUCGAGGUCGAGGAGCCUGAAGAAGGAACAGUCUUGCAUUCCAAAGGCCCGCCAUCCAUCCCCAGCGACGAUGGCUUUACCCUGGACGAGCUUCCAUUCUGGAGAGCCCACGUCACCAUGGACUUCGAGUCUGAUUACGAUUAGAUAAUGAUAGGGGUACUUGAGCGUCAUGGGACCCGGCUCAUACCUUGUCCCAUUUGUCUUUGCUUUCUACCCGGGCCUUCAUCAGCGUGGAGUUUUUCGGCGUUCUUUUGUUUAAUUUUAGGGCAGCGGGACCAGGUGUUCCAGUGAAUCUGUUUCUACUCUUGUAUCCCACCAUCAGUGGCCAACGUCAUGUGCGCUGUGCUGUUCUUUGUGAUUAAUGGAUAUCGCCUUGCUCAGCGAUUGCUUCUGGUCUUUGUUUGUAAUGGUCGUUGGCGCCUCAAAUCCUAUAUCUAUUUUUGGAGUCACCUUCGC